UCACAAACUAUCAUAAACUCCGUACAUACUUUUAAGACUUCCAACACCCUCUCAUCCCCGUUCGUUUCUUAAUAUUCUACUCACUUUUCAUUAUAAAGGUGAGUAUCAUAUAUCAGUCGUCGUAAUAAAAUGGUGAAAGCUGAGCAAGAAACACUCAUCAAACUUGUCUCAGAAUGUUUUGUAAAACCAAAACAUGAGAUCGAAGCUGCAAAACAGCCUUACCACUUAGGUCCGAUGGAUCUAAUCAUGUUAAAUAUGGAUCCUAUCCAUAAAGGUUUUCUCUUUUCACUCAAGAACUCUCCACUUUUUUCUUCGUCUGAAUCCAACGAGAGCAAUGAUAUUGACGAGAUUAUUCGAACUAGAGUCGUGUCGAAUUUGCUAGAGAAUCUCAAACACUCGCUCUCUAUCGCCCUUGUCCACUUCUACCCGUUAGCAGGCCGUCUUACGACACAAAAACAACCCGAACAAAACACGAGCUCAAUCUUCAUUGAUUGUAACAAGGGCUCUGGAGCGAGAUUCAUCCAUGCUACCGCGUUUGGCCUAACCAUGGAUCAUAUUGUUUCUCCUGAUGAUGUAUCACUCGCUCAUUCUUUCUUCGAACUUGGUGAGAAGUACGUAAACUACGACGGUCAUACUAAGUCGUUAUUAUCAAUCCAGGUAACAGAACUUAUAGAUGGGGUGUUUAUAGGAUUUAGCAUCAACCAUGGUGUGGUAGAUGGUACCUCUUUUAUUCAUUUUGUCAAUGUAUUGUCUGAAAUAUUUAGAUCUGUUAAAUAUGAUAUUCUAUCAUCUAGGAUAACUACGUUGUUCUCAACAUAAUCACAACAUUCUUCUAUUAUUUCACGUGCGCCAAUACUUAAUUAUAAGCCUUGGGGUGUUACCGUACUUAAAUUUCCGUUUGUUGAUGUCGAUAAGUCUAUAAAUCGUGCGGAUGACCCCGGCCUGUUGAGGGAGAGAAUCUUCCACUUUUCACCAAGUUCGAUGGCUAGACUCAAGGGUAUCGCUAACCAACAAUGUGGUGACGACCACAAUGCAUUAUCAUCUUUCCAAGCAUUGGCCGCAUUUGUGUGGAGGUCCAUCACCCGGGCUCGCGACUUACCAAAGGACGAGCAAACCACUUGCUCUGUCGUAAUGGGUACUCGAAGUAGGCUUAACCCGCCUGUUUCAGAAGACGUCUUUGGGAAUUUCGUUCGUAAAGCCCAAUGGGCUUGUGAUGUGGAUGAAUUACUGGGUAAUGAUUUGGGUCGGGCAGCAUUGAAUAUAAGGAAAUGCAUUAUGGCCAUUGAUGGAGAAGCGAUACUUGAUUUCUACAAAAAGUUGUCUAAUUCCCCGAUGGUGGUUCGACGAGGACUUAUUGAACCUGAACCUUAUUGGGGGUCGAAUAGCGUGAUAAUAGGAGGAUCUACGAGGUUCAAUACUUACGGCCCUGAAUUCGGGUUCGGUCGAGCUUUGACUGUUCGUACGGGUUAUGGGAAUAAGAAGGAUGGAAAGAUAGUUGCAAAUCCUGGUUGUGAAGGAGGAGGAAGUGUUGAUUUGGAAAUUUGCCUUAGGCCUCAUAUUAUGGCCGCUCUUGAAUCUAAUCAAGAGUUUAUGAAUUUUGUGUCAUAGAAUGUGUAUUUGCGCAAUUAGGAUUAUACACCAGAUCAGGUGCAAAUAUUGUGUAACCAAUUAUGAACAUACACUAUGUACGUGCAUGAUGAACACUGCGGAGGAUUUUUAACGUACUCAUACACAUGCAUGUAACAUUUCACUAUAUGUUUUUUGGAUUUGAAUUAUAUGCUCUUUAAUUACUAUACUAUAUUAACGUAAUGCGAAGUAUAUGUUUUUUAGAACUGAACUAUAUUGGUGUAUUUGAGUGAACUGAGUACGUAACAUUUUUAAGUUGCGAAUGAGUCACUAAUUCAAAUAAAUGACAAA